GGGAGUCAGACAGCGUCUCAGGAGAGCUCGAGACGCACCCCCAGCCAGCCAUGGCCCGGUUCUUUCGGGCAUCCUGCCUUAUCUCCCUGCUCCUGGCCGGCUUCCUCCCGCCGAGCCGGGGACAGGAGAAGUCGAAGACGGACUGCUAUCGUGGUGUGAGUGGCACCAUCUAUGAGUAUGGAGCCCUCACCAUCGACGGGGAGGAGUACAUCCCUUUUAAGAAGUACGCUGGCAAAUACGUCCUCUUUGUCAACGUGGCCAGCUACUGAGGCCUGACGGGCCAGUACGUUGAACUGAAUGCACUGCAGGAAGAGUUUGAACCCUUUGGCCUCGUCAUUCUGGGCUUCCCCUGCAACCAAUUUGGAAAACAGGAACCGGGAGACAACUCGGAGAUUCUGUCCACUCUCAGGUAUGUCCGACCAGGUGGGGGCUUCAUCCCCAAUUUCCAGCUCUUUGAGAAAGGGGACGUGAACGGGGAGAAGGAGCAGAAGUUCUACACGUUCCUGAAGAACGCCUGUCCUCCUACUUCGGAGCUUCUGGGCUCACCGAGCCGCCUAUUCUGGGAACCCAUGAAGGUCCAUGACAUCCGCUGGAACUUUGAGAAGUUCCUGGUGGGGCCCGACGGUGUGCCCGUCAUGCGCUGGUACCACCGCACCACCAUCAACACUGUCAAGCUGGACAUCCUGGCCUACAUGCGGCGGCGGGCAGCCCUGGAGGCCAAGCGGCAGUAAUGGAGGCCCACCCCACCCUGUGCCCACCCCCAGGGGCUGGGGAGGACUCUGUUCAGGAAGGAAUCCAUUUCUACAACCACGCCGCUGUCCCCUGCUAGACCCCUCACUAGGACACAAGGGCCCAGCCCGACAGGAAGGUGUGCACACAACUGUGUCUGUACUGCUGUGCUUGUGAGCAUGUGCAUGCGUGCCUACAGGUGUGUGUGAUCACAGGAGUGCACUGCCACUUACAGGCGUGGCGACCUGCAGGAAUCCCCAGGCCUGUAAGUGUGCCCACAGCUGUGUGCCGGGGGCAGGGUGCCGGAGCGUCACUCGCCUCUCGCUCUGGUUCUCUGCUCCAAUGAUCACAACUCACUUUCAGUGAGCCCAAAGGAAAAAACCAGUUCUAGAUUCAAUUGGUCUGCUCUAACCUGGACUUUAGCCCUUGGGGCCGGCAUCUCCCACUGUCUCCAGACACCACCAGUGAAGUGCCCAGAAGCUUCUGGGUCUGCCACACAGCCCCCUCUCCCCGACAUGGCCUCUCUCCUUCCUGAGGGCCCUCUCAAGCCCCCUGCCCCACCCCACAGUGUUCCCUGAGAGCAGCCAAGGCAGAUGUGAGAGCAAAGGCCACGAUCCCAGUGUCAGGGGUGGCAUCUUCAUGAAGGAGGGGCCCGAAGCCCUCAUGGGCGGACCCCCCUUGAGCCUGUCUGAAGGUCUGGCCCUUCGUGCAUUCAGGCCAAGGCCCCCAGGCAGAGAUGCCACCACUGCUCCUUCGGGGGAUGUGUCCUCUCCCCUCACCCUGACCUGCUGGCAUUAGACUCACCCCGUGUACCUAGUAAAGGCCUUUCUGCAGCA